UCAGCCCGUCCCCCCUCCCCUCCCUUCCCUGCCAGGCGGUGGUAGCGCCCUGCCUAAGCGCUCCGGAAGUGCCGGGGCUAGCGCUUGGGAUUGGACUCGUUUCUCCGCUGCUGCUGUCGGAAACAACAGCCAAGAUGUCUAGCAAAAGGGCAAAGACGAAGACCACCAAAAAGCGCCCUCAGCGUGCAACCUCCAAUGUAUUUGCAAUGUUUGAUCAGUCACAGAUUCAGGAAUUCAAAGAGGCAUUUAACAUGAUUGAUCAGAACAGAGAUGGCUUCAUUGACAAGGAAGAUUUGCAUGACAUGCUUGCUUCUCUUGGGAAGAAUCCAACUGAUGAAUACCUAGAUGCCAUGAUGAACGAGGCUCCAGGCCCCAUAAAUUUCACUAUGUUCCUUACGAUGUUUGGAGAAAAGUUAAAUGGCACAGAUCCAGAAGAUGUCAUCAGAAAUGCUUUUGCUUGUUUUGAUGAAGAAGCGACAGGGUUUAUUCAAGAAGAUUAUCUGAGAGAGUUGCUGACAACAAUGGGAGACAGGUUUACAGAUGAAGAAGUUGAUGAGCUGUACAGAGAAGCACCAAUUGAUAAAAAGGGCAAUUUCAAUUACAUUGAAUUCACACGCAUCCUUAAACAUGGAGCAAAAGACAAAGAUGAUUGAACAAAAUUCCAGGCACAUGCAAAUAUCUCUAGUUUCCACUUGUGUUUAUUUUUGAGGGUUUUUUUCCUGGUAGAACCUGUUGCAUGCAUUUAGCGCUACAGCUUUUGCCUAUCUCCGUAUAUUUAUCUAUUUCAGGCCAUUCCAGCAAAUUUGCACCUGUGUAAUCAGACUGGAAAUGAGGGGCCUUUGUCCCCUAUAAUGAAAAAGAUUGGGGACAAAGUUUGAAUUUUAAGGCCCAGGGGAAAAAAAAUCUCAGUGUUUCUGGUUUAGCUGGAUUUUUACAUUUUUGUAAUAAAAAUGCCAUUUUGAAAUAAAGAUUACUAUAUAAAUAAAAUACCUCAAACUUUUGUGAAGGGUGACAAUUUUAUUAUUACUAAAUAGGCUUUUACAAAUGAAGAACUGUUACCUAAUUUUUUAUUUCUGGUAAGAUCCAGUGAGUUUACCACUUCAUAGCAUUUUGUAAAACAAAGCUUGUUUUGUUUCUUUGUGCUCUGAAGGUGUGGUUUUGAAAUUAUGUUGCCUAAGUACACGAAAGUAAUGGUUUUAGUCCCUGAAAGGAAAUUGGGCUGGCAUAAAUGGUAUUCAGAUGGAAUGGCUGGAGAAGAUGACUGUAAUGGUGUAAUCUGUUAUUUUCCUCAUAAUUAUUGAGGAUCUUGGGAAUAUUUUUUUUGUAUGCAGAAUACUAAUUUGGUGAACAGGAAUAUAGAAGGCAAGACUAACAUUGUGCUUUUGUAGCCUACGUACAAGCUAGGCAUAUAUUAAUAUCUAUGCUCCAUUGCAACUAGUACCCUCAAAAAGAACUUUGUUCCAGACUGAAAUUUCUAUGCUGUCAUUACCUAAGGCUAUGUUUAAAAAAAUUACAAAUAUUGCUGCUAUGCAGUCCUGUUGGCUUCCUUUGCAGCUGGAGCAUACCAAUAUUCUUUGGGGCAAGCAGUGCAAUUAGUUUUAAGCAGGAGCUUUCAGAGUUUGGGAGUGGGAUUCCUUGUGCUUACCUGAAAGAACUGGGACUUGGAUAUGAUGUUAAACAAAAGUUAAAGAACAUGGGAUUUCCAUUUUUUUUCUAGAUUCUUAUUCUGAUGGGUUUUCAGUAAAAGUAAAAGGGAUCUUUUAAAGAUGAAAAUUGCACUAUGAAAUGCUGUUUUUAUUCACAGCUACUUUAUAUAUAUAUGUAAAGUUCAUUUCUAAUCUAACUCACGUUUUUAGUAUAGCAAUUCCUAAAGUUUUUUUAUUUGACCCUGGGGCAGUCUUUCAUUCUCUUAUUCAAUGUUUUAAUUAAAACCAGUCCUUGUGGUGACUCUUUCCUUUUAAAUCCUUUGCCUUUGCUCUUGUAGGUUUGUUCCCCCUGCCCUCCAUGGUAGUGUUCUGCAAAAAAAGGAGGUACUGGGAUUGCAUAUUCAGCAAAUGGCCUUUCAAAAAAAAUGUGUUAUUGCUGAAAUCUUACAGAUGUUCUAAGAAGAUGUGCUUAGCAACAAUGCUAGAGUGCUGUGGUAGCUAUUGGGAGGAUGAAGUCUAAAACAUAAUGCUGUACUUAAGAACUUGGCCUAUCCAGGUUGGGGAUGGGAGGGGGACCAAUAACUUAGCUUUUUAAGAAACAACAUAAGCUAUUGAAAAAUAGCUAUAUAAUAUUGAAGCUGUAACAACAGAUACAAAAUAAACCACUUACGCUCUA